CCUCAGCUGGGACUCGGGCGCUGACUUGGGGCUUUGCCUCCCUCAGGCGUUGCCCCCGGACCGCUGCCCUCGGGUGAGAUGCACCGGCUCAAGGGCCAAGGGCAGCCCCCAGCCCCGCUGGCGACGGACGGCCGGGCGCUGAAGGAGCUGCUGUGGUGCGGGGGUGAAGGCAGUGCCGCCCUGAGACCCGAUGGCUCCUUCCAGCAGAAGAAGCUGGCGUGCAAGUUGGUGGAAGGCGGCGAGUGCGAGAAGCAGCUGCUGGGCAGAGCGCGGCAGUGCCAGAGAGCGCUGGGGGAGAAGCAGGCCUGUCGGCAGGAGGUGGAAGCCAGAGCUCGCCGCUGCAAGGCAAGUGUGCGGUGGGAUGAGCAUGAGGCCCUGGGGACACGGGGCAGAGUGGCAAUCAUCGCACCAGCAUUUCUUCCCCGAGCCAGCGUCCGCAGGGCCAGGGUGCCUGCAGGGACUGCCCAUGCUGCUUCACGCCGUGACACUACAUCCACCCUUGCACGCUUUGGGGAGGAGGGGGUGGGCCAGUGCCCACACCUUCCUGGGCCCUUGGCACCGGCAUGCAUGCUGCUCUGGACAGCCCAUCUCUGUUGUGCAGGAGGGAGAGCUGCCCGGCAGGAAGGGGCAGCUGGGAUCUGACCCCUGGCAGCUGGAGCAGGACGAGGAGGAGUGAGUACUGACCAUCCUGACUGACGGCUGGGGGGCUUGGGGGUGUUUGGGGGGCAGCAGCAGGGCCCU